CUUACGACAGCCGCCGACGCCGGUGACUCGUCACGGAAGUUCUGGGGGCCGUGGUCGGCUCUGGGUUUGGUAGUUGUCUGCGCGUGGGGUCUUGGUCUCAGGCUCUGGACAUGAGGCAUUAUGGGAGUCGUAGUUGACGCCAGCGGCAUUUGUUUUGGGGCAUCCUGGGAGUUGUAGUGUGCGGGCGGCAGGGUAGUUAUCCUGGCAAGUGUAGUCGUCCCGGAGCCCCUGGGCCUGGCGCCGUGUGCGCCGGUACGUGGUAUUCUGGAAGCGGUAGUGCGUGGGGGGAGCUCCGAGGCCCGCGGGCUCUGGCGCCGGGUACCAGGCGUGGCGCGUUCGGGCACGAGUCGUGAGUGCGGGGAGCGCCUCCGGCCCGACCCGGAGGCCGCGGUGGGUCCUGGGAAGUGUAGUCGUCCGCUGCCCGACCUGACGGGGAUCUGGUGUCUGAGGCUCCGGCCGCCAGAGUCCCUGGACGCGGAUCCGAAAGUCCGGCUCGCACUGGGCCCGAGCUCCGCCGCUCCCCGCUGGGCUCCCCGGUGCUGCCGCGAGCCAUGUCUCAGGGGUCAGUGACAUUCAGAGAUGUGGCCGUAGACUUCUCCCAGGAGGAGUGGGAAUGGCUUCAGCCUGCUCAGAGAGAUUUGUACAGACAUGUGAUGUUGGAGAACUACAGCCACUUGGUCUCACUGGCAGGUCUUAACAUUUCUAAGCCAUAUGUGGUUUCCUUAUUGGAGCAAGGGAAAGAGCCCUGGCUGGAGAAAGGAGAUGUGAGAAGAGAUCUGUUUUUGGAAUCAAAUGGUGCGGUCAAAGAGUUUUCUCAAAAAAAUGUCAUUUACGGAGAUGAUUCACCCCAGUGUUUGGUAGUGGGAAGAAUUCUAAGCCACGGCCCUGAAUAUUCCACUUUUAAAGGAGGCUGGAGAUUUGAGGAAGAUACUCAGGUGCAAAGAAAUCAAGGCUAUAUCAGGCAAAGGACAGUAUGUCAUCAAGGAGCCCUGUCUCAGCACACGAGUAUCAAUCCUGUGGAGAGGCCCCAUGGAUGUCAUGAAUGUGGGAAGACUUUCAGUCGGCGGUUUUCCCUGGUGCUACAUCAGAGAACUCAUACUGGAGAGAAACCCUACAUAUGUAAGGAAUGUGGCAAAACCUUUAGCCAGAUCUCAAACCUUGUGAAACAUCAGAUGAUACAUACUGGAAAGAAACCCCAUGAGUGUAAGGACUGUAAUAAAACAUUCAGUUACCUCUCAUUCCUCAUUGAACACCAGAGAACUCAUACCGGGGAGAAACCCUAUGAAUGUACUGAAUGUGGAAAGGCCUUUAGCCGUGCCUCAAACCUCACUCGACAUCAGAGAAUUCACAUAGGAAAGAAGCAGUAUGUAUGUAGGAAAUGUGGGAAGGCCUUUAGCAGUGGCUCAGAACUCAUUCGCCAUCAGAUUACACAUACUGGAGAGAAACCUUAUGAAUGCAUUGAAUGUGGGAAGUCAUUUCGCCGUUCUUCACACCUUACUCGGCAUCAGAGCAUCCAUACUACCAAAACCCCAUACGAAUGUAAUGAGUGUCGGAAAGCCUUCCGUUGCCACUCAUUCCUUAUUAAACAUCAGAGAAUUCAUGCUGGAGAAAAGCUCUAUGAAUGCAAUGAAUGUGGUAAAGUUUUCACAUGGCAUGCAUCCCUUAUGCAACAUAUGAAAAUUCAUACUGGAGAAAAGCCCUAUGCGUGUACUGACUGUGAUAAAACCUUUAGUCGGAGCUUUUCCCUCAUUCUACAUCAGAUAACUCACACUGGGGAAAAGCCCUAUGUAUGUAAAGUCUGCAAUAAAUCCUUCAGCUGGAGCUCAAACCUUGCCAAACAUCAGAGAACACACACUCUAGAGAACCCCUAUGAAUAUGAGAAUUCAUUUAAUUAUCACCCAUUCCUUACUGAACACAAAGAAAUUCACACUAUAGAGAAAACAUAAAAAUGUGGAUUAAGAAAAAACGGUUAAUGCCUUACUUUGACUUCAAAGGGUUCUUGGAAAGAAGCCUUAUGUGAAUAUGUGGAAUGUGAAGAAAAAUGGGUCAUACUUGAUUCAACAUCCUGGAGACAAAAUAACUCAGGAGUAUGUGGGAUAACUAUUAAUAGCUUUGCAUUCUUUUUUGUAAUAUCAGAAGAUGAAAUCAGACAGUACUGAGAAGACUUCAUCUGGUGGGAUUCCCUUACUCUACAUUUGUAACUUCCUACCAGACAAGGAUACGUGGCCAGUAAAUGUGGGAAAGCUUUUAAUUAGAAAUUGGUCCUAAUCCCCUGCAUCUGUUGCCUCAAACAAGACAGAAUAUGUGGGUAAGAUUGCACUUUUUCCUGGACAUCAGAAAAUUCAUAAUGAAGCAAAGUCUUGCAAACACAAUGAUGUGGGAACGUUUUUUGUACCAUGCAAUAUUUAUUAAGUAUUAAAAUACUCUUCUAAAAAGAAAAACGCAACCCUCUAAAUGAACUGAAUAUAGGGUGAUUUUCUGCAUUAUUUCAAAACUACAGAAUUAUACUGAGGGGAAAACUACCAUUGUAAUGAGCAUGGCAAAAAUCUUAAGGGUUCUGAGAAGUCAUACUGGAGGGAAUCUGGGAGGUUUUUUGUUUUUUUGGGGUGGGGUCACUUUUGGUUUAAAGCAAAUUCAAAAAGCUAUGAAUAAAUAUUUUGUUUUCUAGUUAAUUGAUCUGAUACUUGCAGAGUUUUUCCACAGCAUUUGUGAUUCUGAAAAUGCAACUAUCACAAUAUUGACAUCCCUAAGAGCAGUGUGCUUCUGUAGAAACAUACAUGAUUACAGAAACAUUUUUAGUUUAUUAUGACUUUAACUGUGAGACAGAAUUUAGAUUUAAGAUUAUGCUAACUCAUGUUUAUCCUUGAAUAUGACUAGACCUGUUUUAGUCUGAAGAAAUGUACAUAAGGUAUGUCACAGGAAAAUGCCAACGUAGUUUUUCCUCUUCUGUUCCAUUUGCAGUAGGAACAUUUCCUUUGUAAGCACGUAUUUGUCAAAAUAAAUCAGAUGAUGUUUUCACUCUCCAUGUACACCUUGUCCAUUUUUUAAUGUCCCAGUUAAAGGUGUAUCUUAUCUUUCAAGAAUCUGUCUGCCUCCUUUUAAGAACUUA